CAUCUUUUCAAGAAAGUUUGUCCGGCUGCAUAUAAUACUUGGUCAAGUAGCCCUGCGGGUUGAGUCUUGAGACUUGACGUACGUCACGCACUUAACAUCCAAUCCAACAAGAUAAACAGACAAAAACACAGACGUUUUGUAGAAAACUCCUGCUCUAAUCCUACUCAGUUUCACAAUGUUCCCGGGCGUUAUCAGUGUGAACAGAUGGCUACUUUUCCAUUUUUUGCGCGCAUGAUAUUUCAAGCAAAGAAUUGAAGUUCAUCGGCAUCAUUUCAUUCCAUGUACGCACGCCUUAACCUGUUUAGCCAACAAAUAAGUGGAAAAUCUUCUAUAUAUACACGGUCCUCAAUCCUCAUCCUUGCAUCCAUGUUUCAGAUUUCAUUCCAUAUACACCUUUAGCAGUUUAGUCAAUAACAAAGUGGAAAAUCUUCUAUAUAUACACGGUCCUCAAUCCAUGUUUCAUUGAAGGACCUGCAGGUCUUAGUUCUGUAUUGCAACCCCAUGAAGAAUCUUAUGAUUUCUUUAGCUUAUUUCUUUCUUAUUGCCGGUGUAUGCUUUUUCCCUAACGUCGCAGCUCAAACGUUGUUGUUUCAGGGGUUCAAUUGGGAAUCUAGCAACAAGCAAGGUGGAUGGUACAACUUCCUCCUGAACCAGAUUUCAGACUUAGCCAGUGCUGGGGUCACUCAUGUUUGGUUACCCCCACCUUCUCAUUCUGUGGCACCUCAAGGAUAUAUGCCAGGGAGGUUGUAUGAUCUUGAUGCAUCCAAGUAUGGGAACAAACAACAAUUGAAAACGUUGAUCAAGGCUUUCCAUGACAAAGGGAUAAAAUGUGUGGCUGAUAUAGUCAUAAACCACAGAUGUGCUGAUAAACAAGAUAGCAGAGGAAUUUACUGCAUCUUCGAGGGAGGGACUCCUGAUGACCGUCUUGAUUGGGGACCGUCCUGCAUUUGCAAAGAUGAUGUUCAGUAUUCUGAUGGAACUGGGAAUCCUGAUACUGGAGAUGGUUUUGGGGGUGCUCCUGACAUUGAUCAUCUCAAUUCAAGAGUACAGAGCGAAUUAUCGGACUGGAUGAACUGGCUCAAGUCUGAUAUUGGAUUCGAUGGUUGGCGUUUUGAUUUUGUCAAGGGGUAUGCCCCGAGCAUCACCAAAAUUUAUAUGCAAAACACUAAACCUGGCUUUGCAGUCGGGGAACUGUGGGAUUCCCUUUCCUACGGGCAGGAUGGAAAGCCGGAUUACAACCAGGAUGGUCACAGGAAUAGAUUAGCUCAGUGGGUCCAAAAUGGGGGUGGAGCUGUAACUGCAUUUGAUUUUACUACCAAAGGGAUUCUUCAGGUUGCGGUACAGGGGGAGCUGUGGAGAUUGAAAGAUUCCAAUGGAAAUCCCCCAGGACUGAUUGGAAUUUUGCCUCAAAAUGCCGUCACCUUUAUUGAUAAUCAUGAUACUGGCUCUACUCAGAAGCUUUGGCCAUUCCCAUCAGACAAAGUGAUGCAAGGAUAUGCCUACAUUCUCACCCAUCCUGGAAUUCCAUCUCUGUUCUACGACCACUUGUUCGAUUGGGGACUGAAGGAUGGGAUCACUAAAUUAUCUACCCUGAGGAAAAGGAAUGGGAUUACAGCAACCAGUAAAGUGCAGAUUUUGGCCUCAGAUUCUGAUCUUUAUGUGGCAAAGAUUGAUGACAAAAUCAUUGUCAAGAUUGGGCCAAAGCUUGAUCUUGGUAAUCUUAUUCCCCCAAAUUACCAGGUUUCAACUUCUGGGAACGACUAUGCUGUCUGGGAGAGAAAAGCAUGAAUUUGGUCACUAUUGGUAUGAUGUAUAAACCAAUAGUGUUUGAUAUGUACUACGACGUCUAAUCCGAUACAAUCAAAUUCAUACUGGAAAAUAAUGAAGAAGGUCAUAAUUGCUAA